AUGGCGCAAGAAGAGCUCUCUGUUGAUUCAUGGGCAUGGCGGAAAUACGGUCAUAAGCCCAUUAAAGGUUCUCCAUAUCCGAGGUGCAGCACCCGCAGCAAACUCGCUUCUCCGCUGCCCAAAGGGCUCGAUGUCGAAUAUGGCUUUUUCUUCUUCUUCGUCGCUCGCCGCCGGAGCGAGUUUAUCUCCGGAUACUCCGUCGAUGGAAGGCGAACGCAGAACGAGGACGUGCAGAUGGCCGAGGAGGACGAUGGCGCCGUAGAUGAGGACGACGAGAAUAUAAUCAUGAUCCCAAGUGAUUUGAUGAUCGACGAUGAUGACAUACACCUCGAGUUCUCUAGGCUGCGCAAGUGCUUCGGUUUCUCUAGCCUGUGCAAGUGCUUCGGGUUCUCUUACCUGCACAGGCACUUCGGGUAUCUUUGA